ACAUGCAACCAAUCAUAAUUAAUUUCAAAUUCAAAUUAAAUUUCAUCACUAUAUAGGGGUAUGAUUGAUGCCUCAUAAUUAUUAUCGUAAACAUUAACGAGGGCCAAUUGUAGUUAAUUAAUUAGUAAGAAACAUAAUGAAGAUUUGUGGCAAAUUUGUGUUGCUGUUGUUAGUGAUUCUUGUAACGGUUUUUGAGAAACGAGCACUAGCGAAGAAACACGUCGUCGGAGGAAGCCAAGGCUGGGAUGAAUCCACAGAUUUCGAUUCGUGGGCAUCUGCUCAAACAUUCAAUGUUGGAGAUGAACUAGAGUUUAAGUACACUCCGGGAUUGCACAGUGUGGUUGAGCUGGGAAGUGAAAGCGCACUUAAGAGUUGCGACGUCGGCAGUUCGUUGAACUCGUUGAGCUCCGGUAGUGACACAAUCAAGCUAAGCAAGGCCGGUACGCGAUACUUCGCUUGUGGUACAUCGGGUCAUUGCGGGCAGGGUAUGAAGGUUAAGAUCACGACCGUAGCUGCGGAUUCAUCCUCCUCCUCCUCCUCCACCACCACCACAUCUCCGCCGGGAGCCGCUCAUUCUGUUUCUGCGUCUUCCGACCGAUUUCAGUUUCUCGGUUUAUUUGCCUCGAUUGCUUCGUUCGUGGCGUCCGCUGUGCUUUUCGUCUAGGCUAUAACCGUUUUUUAUACUGUGGUUGUUAUUUUCUGAAAUGCCACUUUUAUAUGUGUGUUGAUUCAACAUUUUGUUUGGCUUGUUAUAUACUAAUGAGUUAGGAGUUAGUUGUGAGGAAUCGAAUAGCUUUUGCACGUGUCUAAUUUUUUUUUUUUUUUUAAUAAAAUCCUAGUCAUCAUGACUCAUGAGUUACUUGUGAUCCUUGAAUAAGAAAGAUUCCAACUAUACCCUUUUCA